GCCAUAGCCAUAGCCACCUCCCUGUCCGUCGUAUUACGACCACCAGUCCAUUAUGGCGGACAAUGAAGGUGACACCAUGUAUGAUCCAGCUAAUGAUCCCGCUAGAAGAGCAAAAUCUAAUGAUCCAGGAUGGAAUCAUGGAUUUUGGCCAGACAUGAACAACAAAGACAUAGUCCAAUGUAGGCAUUGUAAUAAGCAAAUGUCUUCUGGCAUAAAGAGAUUAAAACAACAUCUAGCUGGCGGGUAUGGAGAUGUUGCUAAAUGUCCUCAUACGACAACAGAACUUAUGACGGAGAUGCGAGCAUAUUUAAUGAGGAAAUCCAGGAGUAAACCGAUCCAGAUUGAAGAUGACGGCGAUGAGGAUGAUGUUGAAGUACCUUUCACUCAAAUAGAUACUUCAACUUCUCAACCGAGUUCUGGGACAGCAACCAAGAGAAAAAAUGCUGCUUCGCAAUUCUUUAAUGUCCCACCAAAAAUGCCCAAACAAAACAAAUCAAUUGCCUCCAUCAUUCGCAAAACUCCCGAGGAGGUUGUUGAUGAAAGACAUGCGAAAGGCCCCACCCAAACUACACUAGAACAAUGCACAAAAAGCAAGGAGGAGAAAGAGAGGGUCUUCAUGCACAUUUCUGAUUUUUUUUAUGAAAACGGCAUUCCCUUUAAUGCAGCAAACUCCAGGAGUUAUGAGAUCAUGGUGGAGUCGAUUGGGCAGUUUGGACCAGGACUUAAACCUCCUAGCUAUCAUGAGUUGCGUGUACCACUUCUUGAAAAAGCAAAGAAAAAUACAGAGAAGCUCAGAGAAAAACAUGAACUUGCUUGGAAGGAAUACGGGUGCACACUCAUGUCUGAUGGAUGGUCUGACCGAAGGAAUCGACACUUGAUUAAUUUCCUUGUCAAUAGUCCAGAAGGCACUUUUUUCCUAGACUCGGUUGAUGCAUCAGGUGAAUCUCAAGAUGCAACAUUGCUGGCAGGUUUGCUUGAGAAAAAAAUUGAAGAAGUUGGAAAAGACAAGGUAGUGCAAGUGGUGACAGACAACGGCUCUAACUAUAAGGCUGCGGGAAAACUUCUAGAGCUCAAGAUUCCCACGCUUUAUUGGACUCCAUGCGCUGCACAUUGUUUGGAUUUGAUGUUGGAGGAUAUCGGUAAAUUAGCCGAGUUCAAGCCCCACAUUGAAAAAACAAGACGUGUGACUACUUUCAUUUAUCGGCACACGAGAAUCCUCCAUUCAGUGAGACAAAAGACGGGUGGGAAGGAUCUUGUAAGACCUGGAGUUACUAGAUUUGCAACAGCGUUUCUCACUUUGCAAUCUCUAUAUAAACACAGAGAAGCAUUGAGAAAUCAAUUUAGCGGUUUGGAUUGGGGUAGAUCUAAAUUGGCUGCCACAGAAGCAGGAAAGAGGGUUAGUGAGAUUGUGUUGUCUACUAGAUUCUGGAGUGCAGUGGAAGACUGCAUACGAGCUUCACAGCCGCUUUUAGUUGUCUUGAGGAUAGUUGAUGCUGAUGAGCAACCAGCUAUGCCAGAGCUUUCACUAGCCAUGGAUUGUGCCAAGAAAAAAAUCAGUGAGUCAUUUGAAAAUAAGGCUAGAGUUUUGAGAAGCCUAGUUGGGAUCAUUGAGACACGAUGGGAAGUCCAGAUGGAGGUCAAAUUAUACGGGGCAGCUUUAUUUUUAAAUCCGUCUAAAUAUUUUGAUCUCAAACAGACUGAUCCCACAUCAGCAUCAAGGCAACAAUCAAUGUUUAACAAUGUGCUUGAAAAGAUGGUCACUGAUGAAACAUUGCAGGCCAAGAUAAGUGAUCAAGCGACAGAUUAUGACAAAUUGAGAGCAAGUUUUGCAAAGCAACUCGCGAUUAGGCAACAAAAAUCUAAGAGUCCUCUUGAUUGGUGGGAUGCUUUUGGUGGACUCACUGUUGAGCUGCAAUCGUUCGCAAAACGCAUAGUUGGUCUCUGUUGUACCUCUUCUGGCUGUGAGCGUAAUUGGAGCACUUUUGAGUUUAUUCAUACAAAAAGAAGAAACAGGUUGGAGCAUAAGAGGUUGAAUGACUUGGUUUUUAUUCAAUAUAAUCGGAAGAUAGCGACCAGAUUUCAGAAGCGGCGUGAAGAAGGAACAAACUUCAACCCUUUAAUAUAUGAAGAUUUCCAAUGGAACAAUGAAUGGGUCAGCAAUGACGUUGUUCAUCCCGGUGAUGAUCUUCUUUGGAGUCAAGUUGAUGAAGUUGUGGGUGCAUCAAGCAAUCUUCAGGGUCGUAAUCUUCCUAGGACUAGUAGCUCUCGUGGAGAAUCGGUUUAUUCUCGACGUCGUGGUUCAAAUUCUUCAUUAAGGUUGAUUGAUGAAGACAUGAACAACGAGGAAGAAAGUUUUCCAAAUGAUGAUGAAGAUGUUGAAGAUGACUAUGGCCAAACACCACCCACUCCUACUCAUGAUGAUGAUGAUGAUCAGGGCAAUGAAGGCCGUAGAGAUGAUUUAGUCCUUGAUGAUUUUUGAUAAAUUAGUAGUUCGAUCUUUACACUGCUUAUUUGAGAUAUACAUUUUUAAUCUUAAUUCCCAUUAAUAAACCUUGUUUUUAAUUAUUAAUUGUGGAUUUCAAUUCUAAGUUAUAUGCGUUUUAGUUAGUAAUAUAUUAUACAUAAUAUAUAAUUAAAUAUAUAAUUAUAUAUGUAAAUAUAUAAUUAUAUAUAUAAUAUAAUAUAAUAUAAUAUAAUAUAAUAUAAUAUAAUAUAAUAUAAUAUAAUAUAAUAUAAUAUAAUAUAUACAUACAGGCGACUACUCGCCUAAUUGUCGCCUAGGCGGGCGCCUUGUCGUCUAGGCGAUAUGGCGGUCAGCUGGCGCCGCGACUCGACUUACCGCCGUGACAAGCAUGAACAUAACAUAAUUUAGUGAAUUUUUUAGCCUUUCAUUCUUUUAAUAUUAAAGAAAACACUUCUAAUCCUAUUUUAGAAUUUUUUUUCUACAUUUAACUCUUAAUUUGAGCAAUUUCUUGUAAAAAUUUGGACAUAUAUAUAGGGGUUGAGUUGGGGUUGAGUGGGGGCAGCUGCCCCCGCUGCCCCCAUAGUGGAUACGCCACUGCUUCUUCUGAUCCAAAUGGGCUGAAUUCACUCGGUCGUUCCACAUGUUCAUGCCCUUCGAUUCAAAUGUUGUUGUCUCUAAUUACGCUUCCAUCUUUCCUUUUCGUUCUUCCCGUUUACGCCAUUUGCAGCUUCGUUAUCUCAAAUGAGAAAUAAAGAUUUUCAUAGCUCCUUGUUUUGCACACAGUUCACCUAUUAGCGCAGCCGUUACAAAAGUUGCACACAUGACCUAGUGACCUAGGGUCUGGUUGUUAAGAAUUAUCACUUUUAGCCACAGUUACGUUUCUGUAGGUCUUUUGGACUGCUUGGGUCUCAAAUUUUGGUAAGUUUCACAUAUUAAGAUUUUAGUAGGUGUAAACUUUAAUUAGCUGGUCAUACAUGACGGGUUUCAAAAUUUUAUGCUUUCCAUAUGUUGAUUUGUAUGUGUUCACAGUGACUGCUAUGGAGUACAUGGGAACCAUUGACAAUUUUAGCCCCAUAUAUACACUGUCGUUUUAUAACAUAUACAUGUGAACUACGGUGCUAAAAAUCUAUAACUGUAGUCACCAAAGCCUGAAAAUAUCCCAAUAGGGGAAAAGUAAAUAAUGCUUUUCUUACUUCAAUGCUAGUGUUAGAACUUUUAUUGUGAGUCAAGUUUGUCUGUAAUGUCUUGUUUAAUAAAGUAGACUAGAUAUACCAUUUAUGGUAUUAGAUUAGUAAUCAUUUUGUAAUAAAUGGGUUAAAGGGAAUAAGGCCCAAAAAGGCCUUGGCCCAAAUCCCAAGGUUUACCUAAUUCGGUAACCUGUACAGCGCCUAUAAAUAUGCGCGUUCUGUACAGGUUCCGAUAUCGAUUAAUACACUCUAGCCUUACGUUGCUAAAAUUCUUCUCGAUAUAAUAGAAAGACGAUUUCCAAAGUUCUCGAUAUUUCAUAAAUCAUUCUGUGAGAUCGUUCUUCUCUGUUAUUCGAUGAUAUCCAUCUAGUUGUGUGUUAGUCUACAGAAAUCUGGGACCAACAACUGGUAUCAGAGCCUGCUCGAGUGUGAUCGUCGUCAAAAAGUUUUCGAAGUCCCCUGCUUUUCGUCUUUUCGAUAUUUUACUUAUUUAAUCGUUGUAAUCUCUCUUCUGAUGGAAAAAUUGUAAAAUUUAUACUGUUGAAAUCGCCUCUAAAAAACGAGCAAGCAGUAUAUCUUAGAUUUUUGAUUUGUUAAGGUUUCAGAUUUGAGGUUCUCGAUAUAUUGAUAUCGAAAAGCAGGGUUCUCGAAGUUAUAGCAGGUUUUUCGAGCUACAAACUGCACAGGAAGGUUUUCGAGAUCAAGGACUUCAGUGAAAAGCAAUUUUAUCCGUUUAAAAAUUGUUUUUCAAUUUGCAGGAUUUCGACUCUACAUUCUCGAUACUAGUUCUCGAACUGAGUUCUCGAGGUUUAACUUCUCGAUACUCAGUUUUCGAUACUCCAUAUCGAAAUCUUACUUUUCGUAUUUGCAGGUUCUCGACAUUAGCUUCUCGAUACUCAGUCCUUCGAAAACUAAGUUCUCGAACUUAAGUUUUCGAUACUGAGGUUCUCGAUAGCUAUUUCUCGAACCCACUUUUCGAUAGUAAGGUUCUCGAUAUCAAAUAUCGAAAACUGCUUCUCGAUAGUACUUCUCGAACUCUACUUCUCGAACUAUUUCCUGAACUAGGUUUUCGAUAUUCUGUAAGUUAACUUUUCUGAUCAAAUCACUCGAACGGUCUUUCAAAGUCAAACAGCAAGGAUGGAAGCGUUGGCACUUGGAAAUGAAAACAGGCCUCCAAUCCUGAGGAGAGGAGAAUAUCAGAUGUGGAAGACAAGGUUCUUAAACUUUCUGGAAGGUAAAGACAACUCAUCUGCAAUGCUGGAAUCGCUUACUGAAGGACCUGCACAAAUCUGGAUGAAUGUGACUUCAGAUGGUGUAAACAAUCCUCCCGUUACUGUUGAAAGAAGAUUGAAAGCAAAAUCCGAGUACACUGAAGCAGACAGACUCAGAGUCAAGGCAGAUCUGAUGGCUAAAACAUAUCUUCUCCAAGCUAUUCCUAACGACAUAUACAUUCUGAUAGACAGCAUGGAGACAACAAAGGAAAUGUGGGAUGAGGUGAAGAAAUUAAUGAUUGGAACUGAUCUUGGAUUGAAGACAAAGAAAGCGAACAUCUUGACUGCCUAUGAUGCAUUUAAAGUCCUACCUGGUGAGGCGCUCCAUGAGACGUAUAACAGAUUCGUACAACUGAUCAAUGAGAUGAGAAAGAUCAAAGUUGUCAAAUCUAAUAUGGAAAUGAACAUACGUUUCUUGUCGAGCCUGCCGCCAAAAUGGAGAAGAACUGUUAAGAAUCUACGACAGCACCUAGAUUUGGAUGAACUUGAUCUCUGCACUGUCCAUGAACAUCUGCAGCAGUUUGUUAAUGACACUGCUGAGAUGGAAGGAAGUUACUCUGCUAACCCCUUAGCACUAAUGAUGGAAACUCAGCCGAAGAGUUUAUCUAAGAUCCAGAAGAGGAGGAAGGCAGUAAAGAUGGAGUCUGAAGAAGAAGAGAGUGAAGAAGAAGUGGAUGUUGAAUCUGAAUUGGCCGAGCUACAAAAGAAGAUGGCCCUGCUGACCAAUCAGUUCAAUAAAAGAUUUCCAAAGAAGGGAAACUCAUCCAACAAGCUCCGAACCUCCUCCGCCAACUACAAAUUAAAGAACAAUGAUCAGAACUCCUCUAGUAGAGUAGUUGCAGCAGAAGACCCUCCCAAAUGCUUUAACUGUGGAAAAGCUGGACAUGUCAUCAAGGACUGUCGCUUACCAAGGAAGAGGGACUUCAACUAUUACAAGCAGAAGAUGCUGUGGAACAAGCAGAAGAUGUUCAUGGCUAAGCAAGAUGAUGAUAGUGCUGCAACACUCACUGAGAAUGAUCCAUGGCAGGAGGAGAGUUCUGACGAUGAAGAAGAGGAAAACUUAGCCCUGAUGGCUAUUGUUGAGAAGAUAGAAGAAGAAAAGGGUGAUGCUGCAAUCCCUGAUGAAAGUUCAAGCUCCAACCACACUGUAAGUACUUCUAAAUCCUCUUGCUCCUGCACUUGCAAAGUUCAUUCUUUUCAAGAAAAAGAUGACAUUAUAAAGGAGUUAAGAGACAGGUUAGAUCACAAUUACAAAAACCUUCUCACAAAACUUGACAGAAUUUCCUCAUUAAGCGUACAACUUGACAAUGAAAAGGACAUGCUGAAGAAGCGAAAUUCAGAAGCAGAUAUGCUUACACAGAAAGUUGCAGAAUUCACUAAGAAGUUGAGUGAAACUGAAGUAGAACGAAAUUGUGAGAAAGGCAAAAAGGAUAUGUUAUUUGAUAAAAUAAUUGUUCUUCAUAGAAAAAUCAAAGAAUUAAAAGAUUUAAUUGCCAAAAGAGGGCAGUCUGAGCAAACUAUUUUUCUAAAUCAGAACAAGGACACUCGUUUUUACAAUUCUAAAGAAGGUCUUGGCAUCACAAACCCCCGUAAUUUGAAAAAGAUCAAUUGCCGUCAGCUUUAUGAUAUCAAUUACAUGGGUUUGGGAUUGACCAAGUUGAUGCUAUUUGUCGGAGCAAAAGAAACUGGUGAAGAAGAAGAGACAAAGAGAUCAAAUCCUUCUAAAGCUGAAGUUCCGUUCAGUUAUGACUCUUUAAACGAAAGCUAUGCCACAAAAGAACCUGUUUUUUCACAUGAUGAGAGUGUUAGUCCUUAUCCUUCUGAGACAGAAGUUGUGUCAGAUCCAGAACCUCCUUCAACCUCUAAUUCUGAAAAAGAGGAAGAACCCUAUAUCCCUCCACUGAUAAGGAAAUUUGAAAAACUUCACAUCUCUUUAGAAGAACAAAGAAAAGUUUUUGAAGAAGAAAGAAAAAGCUUUGAAAGUGAAAGGGAUAGGUUGCUAAAUGAAUUAACUCUUUUAAAAGAAAGUUCUCGAUCCAACACAACUUCUCAAUCAUCUAGUGAUACUGAUAUUUCUCAGCCCAUUCAAGACAAAACUAACUUUUUCAAAAAGGCAUCCACUCACUCCAACUCUCCUUUGAAAACAGGAAAUGAAGUGAGUAGGAGAGUGGAGAGGAGAAGAGAGUGGAAGCUAAAGAGAGCUGAGAUAGCUGAAGGGAAGAAGAAGAUGUUUUCUGAAAAUAAGAAGUCUUGUUCUAGUGCUGUCUUUUAUUCAAACAAAUGUCGUUCUAGUUCUUUGUCACUACCAUGUAGUUUUGCUUCAGUCUCGUGUCCCGAGCUGAAUGAAUCUGAUUUUACUUCUGAUCCAUUUUAUUUCAAUAAGAAGUUGUAUGCUCCUGGGUUAGGAAAUGCUUGCCUUAAUGAUUCUCAUUAUGAACGUGUUGUGAAUUCUGUUCGUGAGAGAAAACAGAGAGAGCGCAAACAAAAGAAACAAUCUGAGAAUAGGGCUGUAGAGGGUAUUUAUAAUUUUCCAAAUUUAAAAUAUCCUCUUAAAGUUCAUUCAAAGAAACACUUACAACGACUCUCUAAGGAAGCUAUUUUCAAACCUUAUCUCACGAACCAGCCAUUCACACACAGAAACAAUAACCUUGUCUCCUCUGCUCCGAAAAUUAAACAACAAUGGAUUCCAAAAGCUGAUCUUGAAAAACAAAGAACAUUGUCUGAAAAGGCUGCUGACCUUGGAUCACAGCUGAAAGAAAAAUUUAAAAAGAUAUUCUCAAUUGAUAAGGAAGGACCCAUCCUAAGGUGGGUACCUAAAAGUCCUUAAUCUGUUUUGCAGGACGGUCAUGUAUGUCAUUUAGAUUAUGGCUGCUCAACCCACAUGACCGGAAUAAAAGAGCUGCUGAGCAACUACACAAAGUGCUAUGGAGGAAAUGUGAGAUUUGGAAACAACGCAGCUUCUCCAAUCCUAGGAUAUGGGGAUGUCAUCUGUGCAAGCGUCACCAUAAAGGCUGUUUCAUACGUGAAAGGACUGAAACAUAAUCUGUUAAGAAUUGGACAGUUCUGUGAUAGUGGCAUGGAAGUGAAGUUUAUAGCCAGACAAUGCUGUGUGCUGGACAGGUUUGGGAAGGUAUUAUUGACAUGCACAAGAACUUCCAACCUGUACACCAUUGAUCUGAAGAGUGUAUAAUUACCUUCUUCCAUCUGCCUAUUGUCCAAAACUUCCUCUGAGCAAAACAAUCUAUGGCACAGACGUUUGUCCCGUCUCAACUUCAAGUACCUUACCACUCUAUCCUCCAAGAAACUUGUGAAAGGGCUACCUCCUUUGAAGACUUCCGAUGUCAAUCAUUGUGAUGCCUGUAGACUAGGCAAGAUGAAGAGGAGCUCUCACAAGUUAAAACAUGUUCCAUCUUCCUCUCGACUGCUGCAAUUACUCCACAUGGAUCUAUGUGGACCAAUGAGAGUCCAAAGCAUUAACGGACGCAAAUACACACUUGUCAUUGUGGACGACUUCUCUCGGUAUACAUGGACCAAAUUUCUGAGGACAAAGGAUUAGACAACAGAAACCAUCAUAACCUUCAUCAGAACAAUCCAGAAUUUUCUGCAAAAGAGUGUGGAGAUCAUAAGAACAGAUAAUGGUACCGAGUUCAAGAAUCAGUCUCUUGCUGAUUUCUAUGAAACCCAGGGUAUCACACAGCAAUUCUCUGCAGCAAAAACACCGCAACAGAACGGAGUCGUUGAAAGAAAGAACAGAACACUUGUUGAAGCAGCACGCACCAUGCUUAUACAGUCCAAGCUUCCCCAUUUCAUGUGGGCUGAAGCAAUCAAUAUUGCAUGCUUUACUCAGAACAGAACAUCAAUUCACAAGCGCUUCACCAAGACGCCUUAUGAAAUUCUCUUCAACAGAACUCCUGACAUCUCAUUCUUCAGAGUGUUUGGCUGCAAAUGCUUCGUUCUAAAUGACAGAAAUGAAAGAAGCAAGAUGGAUCCGAAAGCUAUCGAGGGAGUAUUGAUUGGGUACUCUACGCAAUCAAAGGCAUAUCGGGUCUACUUACGUGAACACAGAACAGUCAUUGAGAGUGUCAAUGUAGCAUUCUAUGAAAUGGCUGACUUUGCUUCUGAACAUUUCUUGAUAGAACCCACUCUCUCUGCCAAUGGAAAGCAACCUGAUGGAGCUGAAGCAACAAUGCAGACAACAACUGAGCGUGCAGUACUAGACUCCCUGUUUGAACAUUUUUAUGAGAAUUCACGCAGCGCCAGCCCACAAUCGCCAACAGAAGCUGAACAAUUACCAUUCAUGCCUGACCUCACUGAAGAAGAAGCUGAUUCACCUCCUACAUCUGAUCAAGAGGAUAUUGAGGAUCAUGGCACGACAGCAACACAAGCAACUUCACCAGCACAAGUUCCAAAAAUACCAGCUCAAGCAACAACAGAACCAGAAUCAAUCACAUUGCACUCCACUCCUCAACAGACCACAUCUACUACUUUUGAGGACCCGGAUCACCCCAUCAUAACUCCAAUCCCUCUAACACAUGAGCGGAAAUGGACAAAGGCGCAUCCUGCAGAACAAAUUAUUGGGGAUCCGAGUCGUGGAGUGUGCACAAGAACAGCUACAUCAAAUGAAUGUCUCUUCUCCUGCUUCAUUAGCCAAUCUAAGCCAUCUAAAGUUACAGAAGCCCUGGCAGAUCCUGAUUGGGUAAUUGCAAUGCAGGAAGAAAUUAAUCAGUUUGAACGAUUAGACGUGUGGUCCUUGGUGCCUAGACCCCCGAAGAAGACAAUCAUCGGCACCAAGUGGGUUUUCAAGAAUAAGAAGGACGAAGACGGUGUGAUCAUAAGGAACAAAGCCCGACUGGUUGCAAAAGGAUACAAUCAACAAGAAGGAAUUGACUAUGAUGAAACCUUUGCACCAGUGGCUAGAAUUGAAGCAAUCAGGUUGCUCCUUGCUUAUGUUGCUCAUAAAAGUUUCAUUGUCUAUCAAAUGGAUGUGAAGACUGUGUUUCUGAAUGGAGAACUGAAAGAAGAAGUUUAUGUGGCACAACCUGAAGGGUUUGUUGAUCCUGAACGCCCACAUUAUGUCUACAAGCUGAAGAAAGCCCUGUAUGGACUAAAACAGGCAUCGAGAGCCUGGUAUGAUGCACUAUCUGACUUCCUUGUGCAAUCAGGCUACUCAAAGGGAAAGAUAGAUCCAACUCUUUUCAUCAAGCGGGAGAACAGUGACAUCAUGCUGAUACAAAUCUAUGUGGAUGACAUCAUAUUCGCAUCAUCAAAUCCGAACUUCUGUGAAGAAUUGAGCAACUUGAUGUGCACCGAGUUCGAAAUGAGUAUGAUGGGAGAGUUGAAUUUCUUUCUAGGGCUUCAGAUCAAGCAAAUGCAAGAAGGAAUCUUCAUCUGCCAGUCGAAGUACAUCCAUGAAAUGCUCAAAAGAUUCAAAAUGGACAGCAAGUCAACCAUGAAAACCCCUAUGUCCCCCACACAAAAGCUCGACUCUGACUCAUCCGGGAUAUCAGUCGAUGCUAUCAACUAUCGGGCUAUCAUAGGUUCCUUGUUGUACCUGACAUCUAGUAGACCGGAUAUUGUCUUCGCAACCUGCCUGUGCGCUCGCUUUCAAGCAAAUCCAAAGGAAUCACAUCUGAAUGCAGUGAAGAGAAUCCUAAGAUACCUCAAAGGAACAGUCAACUUGGGCCUUUGGUAUCCUAAGGAAACAGGUUUUGACCUUGUCGGAUACUCAGAUGCUGAUUUUGCGGGUUGCAAAUUAGACAGGAAAAGUACAUCCGGUGGUGAUCAAUUUCUGGGAGAGAAGCUAGUAUGCUGGUCCUCCAAGAAGCAGAACUAUGUGUCAACUUCUACAGCCGAAGCAGAAUACGUUGCGGCUGCUAGUUGUUGUUCACAAAUCCUAUGGAUGAGGACCCAACUCAAGGACUAUGGCUUCAAGUUCAACCACAUUCCAAUCUACAGUGACUCUCAGAGUGCAAUCGCCAUAACCAGCAACCCUGUUCAUCACUCGCGCACCAAACACAUCGACUUGCGUUAUCACUUCAUCAAGGACCAUGUGGAGAAAAGAGAUAUUGACCUGUACUUUGUAAGCACUGAGUUUCAACUGGCUUGUUCACUAAGGCACUGGAUGAAAUGCGAUUCAAGUUUCUAGUAUCCAAGUUGGGCAUGUUGAACCUCGAGCCUUUGUAAUUGUGUAUGUCUCAUUGGUCUGAAUAAAAAGCGUGUGUGUGGUGUGUGUUGCAUGUGUUGAGGGGGAGAAUAUACAAGAGAUGAAUGCCUUGAGGGGGAGAAAAUCAGAAAAGAAAUGAAAAAGAGUGUGUGUGUGUGAGAGAGAGAAAAUCAGAAAAAGAAGAAAAAGAGUGAGUGAGUGAGUGAGUGAGUGUGUGUGUGAAAAAUGAGAAAAUCAAAAGAGUGUGUACAUUUUUUUUCUCUCUCAUACACAAUUUGAGGGAGAGUUUUUUCUGUACAUAAAUAAAUUUUUGGACCCCAAAAACAUUUUUAAAAAACAAAACUGGGUCCAUCACAAACCUCUGGGCCCAAUACAGCUCUCUCGCGAGGCCCUGGAUUUUCUCGCAUAUAAGAAGACUUCGAGAACCAGACAAUCUAUUUUCUCGCAUAUUACUUCUAAAAAGUUCUCGAAGUCCAGAGCUCUCAACCGUCUUCCUCAAAAACUUUUCUCAAAUCAUCUUUCUUCACACAUUUCGCAAUAAAGGUAGUGAUUCAGAUGAAAAACGAUAAUAAAUGGAUUUCGCACUCAAUGAAUGGUUCUCGACAUCCAAACUUGAAAGUAAAUGUCUUGUGUUGGAAUAUCGCGAACUAAUUUUGUACUUCUUCUCGAACUGCGAACUUGGAACUCAAAAAGUUAUUCAUUGAAUUUUAUCAUUAUGUUGUGUUAAAUUGCAGGUGGUUCUCGACAUAUCUUCUGAGUACGAACUCGAGAAAUCCAAUUUCUCGAUGUUUAGAACUCGAGAACAACUUCUCGAUACUUCAAAACUCGAAAUUCAGUUCUCGAUAUUAAACCUCGAAAACGCUCUUUUCGAUGUUUAAUACCGAGAACCUACUUCUCGAUGUUUGAAAUACCGGGAAGAAGUUCUCGAUACUAGACUUCGAGAAAGGGUUCUCGAUGUUUUAAAUCUCGAGGACUUUUCGAUACUUUCAUAUCGAGAACCAAGUUCUCGAUAUUUGAGUAUCGAGAAGAGCUUCUCGGUAUUUAAACCUCGAGAACCUACUUCUCGAUACUCAAACCUCGAGAAGAUGGUUCUCGUGGUUCACAUUUAGUAUAUUUUUCGAGGCCCACCUAUACAUACCUUAUCUGAAAAUUGCAAAAACAGAACAAGAACAAAAACAAGUUUUCAAAUGAACAAUUGUGCUGACCCAAUUCUUUCAGUCAAUCAUGUCAGGAACAAACAGAACUGCACAAUCAAGCAAUGACGUAUACUCAAAGGAGAAGUGGGUCCCACUCUAUGACAACAAUUUUCAACUGGACCUAAAGCUGUUCAAGUGUCAGGAUCCAGUCAUCCUGUCAAUUCUCCAGAAGCACUACCUCUGGCUGGCAUUCAGCGAAGCCAAACCUGUGCCAGAGGUAUACUUACAGCAGUUCUGGGGUCUGAUGCACACUGUCUCAAAGAAAGAUCGGUCAAAGAUCAUGAUGAAGCUGAAUGAUGUAAGAGUGGUGCUGACACCCUCCACAAUAAGGGAGACCUUGAAUCUCCCGGUGCUCCAGAACUAUGCACCGCUUCCCUCCAAUGAAGAUCUGAUCAAGGACAUGAAGAAGCUGGGGUAUGAAGGACCGUUACCCCUGAUCUCGAACUUCACAAUCUCUAACAUGCCCCAUCCGUGGAAGAGUCUGUUCGGCCUGAUCAACAAGUGCCUUUCUCCGAAGCACGCCGGACAUGACAAAUGCAACAAGCAGAUCUUACAAAUCUUCCACGGGAUCGCCUUCGACAUCAAAUACGACAUGGCUCAGCUCUUCUGGACGGGGCUGAUGGAUCAAGUGAAGACAAAGGAGAACAACAAGGGAAGCGCUAUUCCCUACGCUCGGUGGCUGGCGCUGAUGAUCCACAAUAUGAUGGAAGCCACCCCUACAAUCCCUAUGAUGGAAGACAAGCAUUUCACUGCGCCCAAGCUCAAAUACUUCCAAAGAGACAGCAACAAGGCUGAAGCACUGCCUAUCCCGGACUCCCUACUUGAUCUAGCAAACCCAAGGGACAAGGCAGUCAUUGACUACAAAGAGUCGUUGAAGAGAACAGUCCCUAUGGUUCAGCAAAACCCAGCUGGACCUUCCCAAGGGACUAAGCCGAGUGAAAGUGAGGGUAAAAAGAAAAAGAGAGGCCAGCCACAGAAACCAGUGGCAACCCGGCCUAAUGAUGAUCAGUCUGCUAACUCUUCCGAGAGGACCCAGACUGCUGAGGGCCACCCUACCAAUGCUGAGGACACUGUCGAUGAACCAUCAAGCCAGGCCCCUUCAAAUAAGGCUGGUGGUGAGGCCUCCGAUAGCAUGGCCAAGGGAAAUGAGCGGAAUGAUGAUGAUGAUGAUGAUGAUGAUGAUGAUGAUGAUGAUGAUGAUGAUGAUGAUGAUGAUGAUGAUGAUGAUGCAGGCGAUGGUGACGAUGACAUGGAGGGAGUUCUAAUCAGCAACAGGAAAAGAGCUGGAAAGAGAGCCAUUCCGAUAGACUCUGACUCCUCAUCGGACAAUGAAGAGGCUGCUCACAUGUCCCGACCACUUAAGGGCAUUGUCAUCGGUGAGCAGCGCUCCAAGCAAAAAAGCGACAAAUCUGCAUCAUCCAAGCCUAAGAAGAGGCUGAGAAAGAGAAAUGUCGUGGAGGAGGAGCUGGCACUGUACGAUGAAUGCGACACCUUCCUCACCAUAGACCGAACCACGCCCCUAGGUGCAGGAGCUGACCUUGUCAGUUCCCGGAUAGAAGUCGCAGCAUCUGGUUCAACUGCGCAUGCACAGCCAUCUCCCAUCCACUCUCCAUCCUCUCAACAGGGUGGAGUUUCAAUAACUCAAGGGGAAUUUAUACCGACCUCGCUGGUUCCUUCCGAAUCAGUUGAGAGACUUAGUGGUCAACAGCCCCGGACCACUACCCCCAUUCGUUCUAUCACAUCGAGUCUAGGUGUCACCAUUCCUACAUUUUUAAAUUUUUCUAGGACACCUACACUAUUCACUGCACAUACAGGUGCACUCACCCUGAAUGCAACGACCGGAGUGCAAACUAUGAUGGUCGGAAGUCCUGUUACGCCAAUAAUGCCUCAAUCAUUGAAUGCAGGCCACACAUCAGCUAUCUUCACUGAUGCUGUGACAACAGUUACGACCCCUGUAACUGGAAGCAUUAUCCCCGAAGACCUUCUCGUACACUUGAACAGCUUUCUAGAGUCUACCAUUAAACCAUGGGUGCAUGAAACAAUAACCGCUAGUGCACAAGGCUUUGGAAGCACCCAAGCUGUUCAAGAGGUACCAACUGAACUCCAAACAACACAGCCCCCAACCAUUCCCAUUCCUAUUUCCCAACCUUUAAUCUUAGCUAACCAACAACCAUCCACCUCCAGGGGAACCCAGGAUACCGAACUAGUAUCCUUCCCUACAACGACCAAACCCAAUCUCAGAACCAUACCCCUCGAUGAUCUUGUAGCUGAGAUCUUCGACCGUAUCCUAGAGACGGAUGAAGGCAACCGCACCCCACUUCAAAAAGCCCUUCUCCAUGCUCUAGAUACUCAGAACACAUGCCGUGACAGUCUUCGUGGCGCUAAACGUUCACAUGAGGAUCCUGAUGAUUCAGAUUCUCAUGAGGGGGAGAACAAGCGUCAACGGAUACUUGAGCAUGUUGCUUCUACUAGCCAACCCUCACAGCCAAACCAACCCUCCACUUCAACCAAUCAACAACCCACUACUUCAGCUAGCCACAAAUCUCUAGCCUCUCUUUCUAGCAUGGUCGAGCUACAUAAAACAUUCCGAGGCGCAUCUCCUAUAGAUGUUGACCAAGGACGGAAUGGAAGUCCUGAUGAUGCUACCACGAGUACAUCUUUCUACUCAGGCCAUCAGCUAGAACCUAGUUCGAAACUGAUGACAACGGGCAAUCCUGAGGAUCCCGGUGCUACUUAUCCUCAAACAGGCAAGGACAGGCCGCAUGUGACGAAGUAUAGAGGUCUGGUUUCUGCGCAAGAACAUCAUGUUGAGAUAAUUGAGGAUCUCUACAAGUCUCAUCAGGAUCCGGAUACUACACCUGACAGGCUAUCAUCGCCAUAACACCAGCAACAGAUCUCCUUUGGCUUCUACAAUGACCAAAUGCACGAUGAACUUGAAGAGAUACUUGUGCACAACAAAUGGUCUGAACUCUGGACAGAUAUAGAUGAAGCACAACGAAGAGCAUACCUCAGAGAUCUCCUAGCCAACUGUGCUGCUGAUGUGAUUCUCUUGGGAAAAGAUGAACUCAAGGAAGGAGAAGACUAUGAGAAACCUCCCAAAGAGCUCGAAUCAAUUAUCAGACAAACAGCGGCUCAGAUGCCCAGAAGUGAAAAGCCCUGGGAGAACAUAAAUAUCAAUGCUCCCUUCCAAGAGGAAAUCAGGAAGAAUAUCUGGCGCAGAGAAGAUAGAGUCAAGGGACUGGACAAGUUGAAAAUCUGCGGCCUAAAUCACCUGCGUGGAAAGAAUAAGGGCGGACAACUAUUCUUGCUAAGUCAUCAUUACAUGGAAAAAUAGAGAGAAGUCUGGCAACAUGAACUUCAAACUGCAAAGGACUCGGUCUGGGCCAUACUCAAUGUAGCUGAGACAAACAUUCAAGAUAUCAAACUCUCUGUCUAUCAUCUACAGCGCUCUGACGGGACGGAAUUCACAUGCAAAGAAAAUGAUCUCUAUAUGCUGAAGAUGGAUGAUAUCUAUCAGAUGUAUCUUGAUUUCCAAGAAAUUCCUCAGAAUCAUGACAAGAUUACCCAAGAAGGGUUCGAGGCACUCAAGCGCUUUAUGGUCAGACAACUCAAAUUCUUUGCCUCCCAUGAUCUUCAGAUGGCUCUUGAAACAAACAUGCCAAAGACAAACCUUACAAGACCAAAGCUGUAUGGACCAAAGCUGUGAGAAGCGUUUGUUAUUUAUUGAUGAGAUAAACAAGUACUGCGAUGGAACACUGAAGAUGGUGAAAGAAAAGUUGCAGCCAAUCAGAAAAGUGUUUGAAGAAAGACAACAGAAGUAUGCAGAUGCAUCAGAUGCCGAACUUCUAGAGUCAAAUCGAAUAGAGAAAAUCUUACAGGCCAUCGAAAAGCAACUUGAUAGAAGAAGAUCACUCAGAAAUUAUGAGCACGCGUUGAACCUACGCAAACACUACUUCAAAGCUCAGAAGUAAAAAUAUCCAGCAAGACGACACUUGAUCACAAAGGGGGAGAUUGUUAGAACUUUUAUUGUGAGUCAAGUUUGUCUGUAAUGUCUUGUUUAAUAAAGUAGACUAGAUAUACCAUUUAUGGUAUUAGAUUAGUAAUCAUUUUGUAAUAAAUGGGUUAAAGGGAAUAAGGCCCAAAAAGGCCUUGGCCCAAAUCCCAAGGUUUACCUAAUUCGGUAACCUGUACAACGCCUAUAAAUAUGCGCGUUCUGUACAGGUUCCGAUAUCGAUUAAUACACUCUAGCCUUACGCUGCUAAAAUUCUUCUCGAUAUAAUAGAAAGACGAUUUCCAAAGUUCUCGAUAUUUCAUAAAUCAUUCUGUGAGAUCGUUCUUCUCUGUUAUUCGAUGAUAUUCAUCUAGUUGUGUGUUAGUCUACAGAAAUCUGGGACCAACAGCUAGGCAUGAAGGCUAGGUGAUGUUUUCCCUCUGUUUAUGGUGUAUUUUGUCGGAGUUAAAUCUGUUUAUAAUUAAUGUUGACGACUAGGUCCAUAAAAGUUUAGUUUAUCAAAGGCAUUUCCCCGUUAACCAUUACUGAGAUUCUUAUCGUAAAGAAAGUAGACUAAUUUUGUCUAUUAUACUCAUAUUUUGGUAUGAGAAGCAUUUUUGGAAGAGAUUCUCAAAAUCCAAACUCAACCAAAAUUAUAAAAUCUCUACUUUGUACAAUAUGCUCCAACGAUGAGAAGUUGUGAGGUGCAUAUAAUAGAUAAAUAAAUGAGGUAAAAUGUUUGCAAUCUCCAGUUUGAACAAAAAAAACUAACAUGUAUAUAUACCAUAUCUUGUUUGUGCCUUGUUCUGAAAUGAAAAGUGUUCAUCUCCAUAAAGUCCGCAUUGAUAGGGUGGGCUAACUGCCAAAGUAAAAGUUCAUAUAAAGUGUUUGUGCCUUGUUCCGAAUAAAGAUCAUAUCCGGGGUGUGUAAGUCCCACACGAAUAAAGGUUAUAUUUGAGGUGUGCAAGCCCUACGCGAAUUAAGAUUAUAUUCGGGGUGUGUAAGCCCUAAACGAAUAAAAGUAUUAUGUUGGGUGUGUAAGCACAAAACGAAUAAAGGUAUUAUAUUGGUGUGUAAGCCCAAAACGAAUGAAUACAACCGUAGGGUGUAAGUUCAAUAUGGAUGAGUACAAAGGAUAAAACGUGUAACCCUUCAAUGGAAUGAGGUAUAGACUAUGGGGGGUGCAACCCUCUCAAAGGUUGCUAUAUGCAAGUAUAUAUAUAGGCCAAGGGCUAUACAAGGGGAAUUAUUUUGAAAUAAAAACGGACCUACGGGUCGGCUAUUUGACUUGGUAUAUAUAUAUUCUAUACAUGUGAUUUGAAAUGGGGUAGCUAUAGGUUGUGGCCAUAAUCUAGUAUCACCCUAUGUUGAGGGUCUUGUGUUUCGAACAUGGAUUAUAUGUCGUAUAGUUGUCAUUGUACUUUUCAAAUGCUUCAAAGUACUGACGUCUUCUUCACGGGGAAUAAUAAAGUAAAAACUGUGUGGUUGAGGUUUGUGCAGAUGAGAGAGAUAACAAUCACAAAAUAAUUGAUUAAAAGGGAAAGUGACAAAGUUAUUUGGGACAUCCCAAAAAGGAAAGAUGACAUAGUUUUAAAGGACAGAGGGACUAUUUGUUUUUUGGUGCGUAUUUUGAAAUGUUUCACUUAUGAUUGUUUAUGGAUGUACUUGUGCGAAUGGUAUUUAUGUACGCCUUGCAUGGUUUGAGUGAGGUAGGCUGUGGUUGCCUUAACCAGAUUGUGCGGCGGUUGUUAGCGUGUCCACCCAGUCUGGGGCGUGACAAAAUACAUCCCCUUGCUCUAAGCGUCAUUUGAACAACCAAGAAAAGAGAGGAGCUCUAGGAAAACCUCCCACAAAGCUCAAGCUCAGAAGAAGCAAGAAGAAAGAAAACCCAACACAAAAAGGCUAAGAAUGGAGGUAAGAACUUACGAGACUCUCGACAGCAGUAACACUAAACAUAAGACCCCAAAUGGACCUUACCUUCCUACGGGAUGAUGGGUAUGAGUCAAGGGGCCGGAUUAGGGAUGGACCCGGGCCGGGCCGGUUCCGGUUCCGGGCCGGGCCCGGGCGGGCUUUUUUUCGGGUUACAUGGGCCCGGAACCGGCCCGGGUUGAUACCGGGUCCGGGCCUAACCGGGCCGGGCCGGGCCCGGUUCAAUGUUUUUUUUUUUUU